AUAAUACUUUUCUCAUUCACAGCAAGAAUAAUAAAUUGAAGAAUCUUUCAUUACUCAUCAACUUCAGAGAGAGAGAGAGAAAAGUAAGAUAGAAAUAUAGAAAGAGAGAGAGAUAACCCCAAAACCCCAAAUGGGCGGAAACGGAAAACACAGGUGGAAAAUUUCAUUUCACCGCUCUAACUCCAGUCCCAAACAGACCCCUAAGGAUUUCAUCUGCCCAAUUUCCGGGUCCUUAAUGUCCGACCCGGUUGUGGUCUCUUCGGGUCAAACGUUCGAGCGCGUGUCCGUACGCGUCUGCCGCGACCUCGGGUAUUCCCCGAGGCUCGAAGACGGGUCGAGGCCCGACUUCACGACGGAGAUUCCGAAUAAGGCGUUCAAGUCCACGAUCCUCAAGUGGUGCGAGAGCAACGGUACGGAGCACCCGUCCGCACCGGAAUACAGCUCCGUGGAGCGGAUGGUCCGGUCGACAAUGGCGGCGGAGGAGAGGAAUUCGGGUCCGGAGAUUAGGAUUUCGGAGCGGGAGCUUCUGAGAGGCGUGGCGGAGAAUCCGCCGUUGAUUCUGUCGCACGCGGCGACUGAGUUAGGUCACCGAGUCAAUCACUUCCACUCGAGCUCCUCCGACGAGUCGGUGGUUAUCGCGGCGGGGAGUCCAGGCACUCCUCUACCACUCGCGACUAGGCCUUUGUGCUACUCUUCCUCAUCUUCCUCCUCCGAAAUCGUCGCGAACGAAAUUCUAAGCCUAACCAUAGGCCCUAACUCUUCCACUCCCGAAGAGGACCAGUUCAUCGCGAAGUUGAAAAGCGCGGAGGUGUAUGAGCAAGAAGAAGCUGUGGUUUCGCUGAGAAAGCUCACGAGGACCAGAGAAGACCUUAGGGUUUCGCUCUGUACUCCUCGGCUACUCUCCGCCGUCCGAUUGUUGAUUCAAUCCAAAUACGCCGCCGUACAAGUCCACGCCAUCGCUUUGUUGGUGAACCUCUCUCUGGAAAAGCGCAACAAGGUGCAGAUCGUGCGGUCAGGAUUCGUUCCGCUCUUAAUCGACGCGUUGAAAGGAGGAUUCAGCGAGUCGCAGGAACACGCCGCCGGCGCUCUUUUCAGCUUAGCGUUGGAGGACGACAACAAAAUGGCAAUCGGAGUGUUAGGAGCUCUGCCGCCAUUGAUGCACGCGCUGAGAUCAGAAAGCGAGCGAACUCGGCACGACUCGGCGCUGGCACUGUACCACUUGACUCUUAUACAAAGCAACCGAGUCAAGCUGGUGAAACUCGGAGCCGUGCCGAGUCUUUUAGCAAUGGCUAAAACCGGCGAGUCAGCGAGUCGCGUGCUGUUGAUUCUAUGCAACUUGGCUGUAUCCGUGGAAGGGAGGUCAGCGAUGCUGGACGCCAAUGCGGUGGAGUGUUUGGUGGGAAUGCUUAGGAAUGGCGAAGGAGCAGAGUCUGAGGCCACGCGCGAGAACUGCGUGGCCGCGUUGUAUGCCCUGAGCCAAGGGAGUAUGAGAUUCAAAGGAUUGGCAAAGGAAGCAAGAGCUGUUGAGGCAUUGAGGGAAGUGGAAGAGAAAGGAAGCGAAAGGGCGAGGGAAAAGGCGAAGCGGAUUUUGAGAAUGAUGAAGGGAAGAGAAGAGGAGGAUGGAGGGGAUGAAGGAGAGGAUUGGGAAGGGAUUUUGAACUCGGGCGGAAUGAGUCGGAGUCGGUACCGAGUUGCCGGGAAAAACUUGUAUGGUGCUAACUCUACAACCUUUUGAAUUUUGGUAUUUCCUGUAAGUUUCCAAUUUUUAAUUACUGUCCAGCUUACAUGAAUUGAGGGAUUUUGUAAACAAAGUUGGGUCUUUUGGGUUGUAAUUAAUUAUUUGUAGGAACUAGGGAAAAUGGUAAUGUGGGAUAUAUGGGUUUUUUUUUGUGAUAUUUUGUCAAUGUUAAUUUGUAAUUCUCCUUGUGAAUGUGUACAUAAUAAAAUUUUCGUAGGGAAUGUGAUCUAGAAAUAUAUACGUUUGGUGUUU